GGGACGCGCAGCACACUUUUCUGUACGGCGACCCGCACCGGAUCCCCGCCCCCGCACGCCGAUCAAAACCAGUUUGCUCCCCACCACCUCUGCUCUUUCUCCCCCCCCCCCCCUUCUUCUCUCUCUCUCUCUCUGAUCCCCGAGCACAUCGCGGAUCGGAUCUCCAUUCCUUAUAAAUACUUACCCCUUCGAUCGCCCCGCCACUCGUUCCUUCCCCUGACUUCUCCGUCGUCAAGGUGGUUUCGGAUUGAAUUCUAGGGUUUGUUUUCUCAUUUUUGCCAUGAAGUUAUGUGCAGAUGUUGCACUUUACUCGAAUUUUGUGUUGCCGGUGACAAAUUGGUCGUAGAUUGCGGUGUUCUGGAGAUCGGUCGAUUCUCCCCUCGAAAUGGCAGCUUCUCCUGUGAAGUUCCUCUUUGGAUUCUUGUUCGCGUCCAUCAUAUUAUGGCUGGUGUUUAUAUUUGCUGCCAGGCUGGUGGCUUGGUUUCUAAGCCGGAUAAUGGGAGCUUCCGUUGGAUUUCGGGUUGGUGGGUGGAAAUGUUUAAGGGAUGUUGUGGUGAAGUUCAAAAAGGGUGCUGUUGAAUCUGUAUCCGUUGGUGAAAUCAGACUCAGUCUACGUCAGUCAUUGGUCAAACUUGGGUUUGGUUUUAUUUCUAGGGACCCGAAGCUGCAGGUGUUAAUUUGCGACUUAGAAGUUGUAAUGAGACCUUCAAAGAAAACCACCAAGAAGGCUAUAUCUCGGAAGCCCCGUGCUUCAGGCAGAGGAAAGUGGAUGAUUGUAGCUAACAUGGCAAGAUUUUUAUCAGUUUCUGUAACAGAUUUGGUUGUGAAGACACCAAAAGCUACUGUUGAAGUUAAAGAUCUGAGAGUGGAUAUUACUAAAGAUGGUGGUUCCAAGCCAACUUUGUUUGUUCGCCUACACCUUUUACCAAUUGCUGUCUACAUUGGUGAACCACGGGUUAGUUGCAAUCAAUCAUCUGGAUUUAACAAUGGAGGAUGUGAUUCUGUUGGCCAGGGAUCCUUUGCUCUGCCGGAAAGGUCCUCUGCUCCUUUCAGCUGCGAGGAAUUGUCUCUCUCCUGUGAAUGUGGUCAUGAUAGCGAAGUUGGUGUGAUCAUUAAGAAUUUUGACAUAAGUAGCGGAGAAGUCGCUGUGAGCCUGAAUGAGGAGCUGUUCAUUAAAAACAAGGACUCAUCAGAUGUCUUUUCUUCCUCAGAUAAGGUUAUGAGUUCAAAUGUUGAUUCUGGUGCUGCAGAAAAGCCGCACAAGAAGAAAGCACUUCUAUCAGUUCCAAAGUAUGCUAGCUUGUUUCCGGAAAAGGUUUGCUUUAAUUUACCCAAAUUGGUUGUGAGGUUUGCACAUCGGGGGCAUGAUCUUGUAGUUGAAAACAACAUCAUGGGGAUUCAAGUGAAAAGCACGAAAUCAUGGUCCAGUGAAGAUGUUGGGGAGAGUACACGCCUUGAUGUUCAGAUGGAUUUCAGUGAGAUUCAUCUUCUUAGAGAAGCAGGGACUUCUGUCUUGGAGAUACUGAAAGUUGAUAUUGUUUCUUCUGUGUAUGUUCCAACACAACCAAAUUCACCUAUUAGAGCUGAAAUUGAUGUUAAGCUCGGUGGUACUCAGUGCAACAUUAUAAUGAGUAGAUUAACGCCAUGGAUACGUCUGCACUACUCAAAAAAGAAAAGGAUGGUGCUUCGAGAAAAUUCUAAUCUUGAAAAACCACCACCUACAGAGUUCAAAGUCAUCAUGUGGACAUGUACUGUUUCAGCUCCUGAGAUGACUAUCGUGCUUUAUAGUAUCAGCAGUUCACCAUUAUAUCAUGGUUGCUCACAAUCUUCACACCUGUUUGCAAAUAAUAUAUCAACUUCUGGAACUUCUGUGCACAUGGAACUCGGUGAAUUAAAUUUGCACAUGGCAGAUGAAUAUCAGGAAUGCUUGAAGGAAAGCCUGUUUGGUGUGGAAACAAACUUGAAUUCUUUAAUGCAUAUUGCAAAGGUCAGUCUGGAUUGGGGUAAAAAAGACAUGGAAUCUUUUGAAGAAAAUGGUCCUAAGUGUGAAUUGGUUCUCUCGGUGGAUGUGACUGGUAUGGGCAUUUACUUUGACUUCAAGCGUCUUGAAUCACUUAUAUCGUACACUAUGUCCUUACAAGCUCUCUUGAAACGUCUUUCGGCUCCUAGGAAGAGAACAAUACAGAAUCGGGGAGGCCGUUCAUCCAAGACAUCAGGGAAAGGGACCCGACUUUUGAAACUUAAUCUUGAACGCUGUUCAAUACAUUUAUCCGGUGAUGUGGGCUUGGAAAACACAGUUGUUGCAGAUCCCAAACGUGUGAAUUAUGGGUCACAGGGUGGUCUGGUUGUAAUUAGCACCUCUGCUGAUGGUACACCACGCAGUGCAAAUAUAAUGUCAACAAUUUCUGAUGAACGCAAUAAGUUGAAGUACUCUGUAUCUCUUGACAUCUUUCAUUUCACUCUGUGCAUGAACAAGGAGAAACAAUCCACCCAGAUGGAACUUGAAAGAGCCAGAUCUAUCUAUCAUGAAUAUUUGGAGGAAGAAAGGCCUGGUGCAAAAGUCGUAUUGUUUGACAUGCAGAAUGCAAAAUUUGUACGGCGUUCUGGUGGUAUUAAAGAGAUUGCUGUCUGCUCUUAUUUCAGUGCUACUGAUAUUACAGUCAGGUGGGAGCCUGACGUGCAUUUGUCACUAUUUGAACUUAUGCUGCAUUUAAAGUUACUGAUACACAAUCAGAAGCUUCAAGGACUUCGUAAUGAACAUAUGGUUGAUGCAUCUGGCCAGGGAGAUGCUGAAAAGAAGAAAGAAGCUACAGUAGAAUCAGGACAAUUUGAUAAGCAACAUAAGAAAAUGGAAUCUGUCUUUGCUAUUGAUGUGGAAAUGCUGAGCAUAUCUGCUGAGGUUGGAGACGGGGUUGAUGCAAUGGUUCAGGUUCAGUCAAUUUUUUCUGAGAAUGCCCGUAUAGGAGUACUUCUUGAAGGACUCAUGCUCAGUUUCAAUGAUUCCAGAGUAUUCAAAAGUAGCAGGAUGCAAAUUUCCCGCAUUCCUAGUUCAACUAGUUCAUCUGAUGCAAAAUUAUUUGCAGCCACAACAUGGGAUUGGGUAAUUCAAGGUCUUGAUGUUCACAUUUGCAUGCCAUUCAGAUUGCACUUGCGUGCUAUUGAGGAUUCCAUUGAGGAUAUGUUGCGAGCUUUGAAGCUGGUCACUGCUGCAAAAACACAGCUUAUAUUUCCUAUGAAGAAGGAAAGCACAAAACCUAAAAAACCUAGUUCAGUGAAAUUUGGCUGUGUAAAAUUGUGCAUACGGAAGCUAACUGCUGAUAUUGAGGAAGAGCCAAUUCAAGGUUGGCUUGAUGAACAUUAUCAGCUGAUGAAGAAUGAGGCAUGUGAGUUAGCUGUCAGGUUGAAAUAUCUUGAUGACCUUAUUUCCAAAGGCAACCUGUGUUUUGGGUCUGCUGAAAUGAAUGAUUCCACCCAAGAAAAAGGGUUUUCUUGUAAUGGCGUUGAGGUUGAUUUGCAAGAUCCUUCAGCCAUUCACAAAAUGCAAGAAGAAAUUUAUAAGGAGUCAUUCAGGUCAUAUUACCAAGCAUGUCAGAAUCUUCUGCCAUCAGAAGGAUCAGGUGCCUGCAGGCAAGGGUUUCAGGCGGGUUUUAGGCUUAGCGCUACCAGAACAUCUCUUAUGUCCAUUUCUGCUACAGAGUUGGAUGUGAGCUUUACAAAAAUUGAUGGUGGUGAGGCUGGGAUGAUUGAUGUUGUAAAGAAGCUUGAUCCUGUCUGUCUAGAAAAUGAUAUACCAUUUUCUCGGCUGUAUGGAAGAAAUAUUCUCUUACAUGCAGGCACUCUUGUUGUUCAGUUGAGAAAUUAUACUUUUCCUCUUCUUUCUGGAACUACAGUUAAAUGUGAAGGUCGUGUUGUGUUAGCACAGCAGGCAACAUGUUUCCAACCCCAAAUUCCCCAAGAUGUUUUCAUUGGGAGAUGGAGAAAGGUGUGCAUGCUUCGUUCAGCUAGCGGCACAACUCCACCAAUGAAAACAUAUACAGAUUUGCCUAUAUAUUUUCAGAAAGCAGAAGUUUCCUUUGGAGUGGGUUAUGAACCAGCAUUUGCUGAUGUAAGCUAUGCUUUUACUGUGGCUCUUCGCAGGGCUAAUCUUAGUAUUAGGAAUAAAUCUAAUGUUUCAGUUACUCAACCGCCAAAAAAGGAACGGAGCUUACCAUGGUGGGAUGAUAUUAGAUAUUACAUUCAUGGGCACAUUACAUUAUUCUUUUCGGAAACAAAAUGGAAUGUUCUUGCAACUACUGAUCCUUAUGAAAAGCUUGACAAACUUCAAAUUAUUUCUAGUUACAUGGAGAUCCAGCAGACAGAUGGGCGUGUUUAUGUUAGUGCAAAAGAUUUCAAGAUUUUAUUGAACAGUUUGGAGAGUCUGGUAAAGAAUCGCAGUUUAAAACUUCCUACUCGUGCAUCUGGUGCUUUCCUAGAUGCCCCUGCCUUCACUGUUGAAGUUACAAUGGACUGGGAGUGUGAUUCUGGGAAUCCUCUAAAUCAUUAUUUACAUGCACUUCCCAAUGAAGGAAGACCUCGUAUAAAAGUUUAUGAUCCCUUCAGGUCUACCUCUCUCUCACUCCGGUGGAGCUUUUUACUUAGACCCUCUCUUCCUUCAUCUGAGAAACAAUUCCCAUCUUCCAGCUUGGGAGAUGAUGCUGUCCUGGAUCCUCGACGUAAGUCAGAAAAUUUGUCAAUUGAUUCGCCAACCAUGAAUGUUGGUGCUCAUGAUUUAGCAUGGGUAUUUAAGUUUUGGAACAUGAAUUACAUUCCUCCUCAUAAGUUGCGUACCUUUUCUCGAUGGCCUCGCUUUGGAAUUACAAGAGUUGCCAGAUCAGGGAAUUUGUCAAUGGACAAGGUGAUGACAGAAUUUAUGCUCCGUGUUGAUGCAGCACCAACUUGCAUACGGCAUAUGCCUUUGCAUGAAGAUGAUCCUGCCAAAGGUCUGACAUUUAAGAUGUCAAAGUUGAAAUAUGAGCUCUGUUAUAGUCGGGGCAAGCAAAAAUAUACUUUCGAGUGCAAGCGUGAUACUCUUGAUCUUGUUUACCAAGGUCUUGACCUUCAUGUACCCAAGGCAUAUAUGAAUAAAAAGGAUUGCCCCAACGUUGCAGAAGUGAUUCAAAUGACAAGUUCACAAUCUGCAUCCAUAGAUAGGAAUGAAAAAUGCAAUUAUUUGAGCAACUGCUCAGAUAAGCUUCGUGAUGAUGGAUUUCUUUUAUCAUCUGAUUAUUUUACAAUCAGAAGGCAGGCUCCAAAGGCUGACCCUGCAAGAUUAUUAGCAUGGCAAGAAGCUGGAAGAAGAAACCUUGAGAUGACUUAUGUGAGGUCUGAAUUUGAAAAUGGUAGUGAGAGUGAUGAGCACACAAGAUCUGACCCAAGUGAUGACGAUGGAUAUAAUGUGGUAAUAGCUGACAAUUGCCAGCGUGUGUUUGUUUAUGGCCUUAAGCUUUUGUGGACUAUUGAGAAUAGGGAUGCUGUUUGGUCUUGGGUUGGUGGAAUAUCUAAAGCAUUUGAACCUCCCAAGCCAUCUCCUUCUCGGCAGUAUGCACAAAGAAAGUUGCUUGAGGAGACCCAGAUUCCUGAUGGAGCUGAAGUGCUUCAAGAUGAUAUUUCUAAGCCCCCUUCUACAAGCCAUGGUGCAAUUUCUCAUUCUCCGCAACAUGCAGAGACUUUAGGGUCAUUGUCAUCUCCAUCACAUUCAGUUAAAAUGGAGAACACAUCAAAUGUCGCUGUCGCAAAGGGUGGAAGCAUUACUGACUCAGAGGAGGAGGGGACUCGUCAUUUCAUGGUGAACGUUAUUGAACCACAGUUCAAUCUUCAUUCAGAAGAAGCAAAUGGACGGUUUCUUCUUGCUGCUGUUAGUGGCCGUGUUUUAGCUCGUUCGUUUCAUUCAGUCCUUCAGGUUGGCUAUGAGAUGAUUGAACAACUUGGCAAUGGAAAUAUGCAUAUUCCAGAAUGUGAACCUGAAAUGACAUGGAAACGCAUGGAGUUCUCUGUGAUGUUGGAACACGUACAGGCUCAUGUUGCCCCAACUGAUGUUGAUCCAGGAGCUGGAUUACAAUGGCUUCCAAAAAUCCUUAGGAGCUCACCGAAAGUAAAGCGUACUGGUGCUUUACUUGAGCGAGUGUUUAUGCCUUGUGAUAUGUACUUCCGAUACACAAGGCACAAAGGUGGAACGGCAGAUUUGAAGGUGAAACCUUUAAAGGAACUCACUUUCAAUUCUCAUAAUAUAACGGCAACAAUGACAUCUCGCCAGUUUCAGGUUAUGCUAGAUGUGCUGACCAAUCUGCUCUUCGCACGACUUCCCAAGCCUCGAAAAAGCAGUCUGUCAUAUUCUGCUGAAGAUGAUGAAGAUGUUGAAGAGGAGGCUGAUGAGGUGGUCCCGGAUGGUGUUGAAGAGGUAGAACUUGCAAGAAUUAACCUUGAACAUAAAGAGAGGGAGUUGAAGUUGCUACUUGAUGACAUUCGGAAAUUGUCACUUUGUAAUGACACUUCUGCAGACCUGUCUCUGGAGAAACAAGUUGAUUUAUGGAUGAUAACUGGUGGAAGAUCAACAUUGGUGCAAGGACUGAAGAAAGAAAUUGGAAAGGCACAAAAAUCUAGAAAGUUGGCAUCUGCAUCAUUAAGGAUGGCUUUACAGAAAGCUGCACAGCUACGACUGAUGGAAAAGGAGAAGAACAAAAGUCCUUCUUAUGCUAUGCGUAUAUCUCUGCAAAUUAAUAAAGUGGUUUGGGGAAUGCUUGUGGAUGGAAAACCUUUUGCUGAAGCUGAGAUAAAUGACAUGAUUUAUGAUUUUGAACGGGAUUACAAAGAUGUUGGUGUUGCUCAGUUUACAACUAAAUACUUCGUUGUGAGAAACUGCCUGCCUAAUGCCAAAUCUGAUAUGCUUUUAUCAGCAUGGAAUCCUCCUCCUGAAUGGGGAAAAAAAGUUAUGCUUCGUGUAGAUGCAAAGCAGGGUGCUCCUAAGGAUGGGAACUCUCCUCUUGAACUUUUCCUGGUAGAGAUCUACCCACUAAAAAUACAUUUGACUGAAACAAUGUACAGAAUGAUGUGGGAGUAUUUUUUCCCUGAAGAAGAACAAGAUUCCCAACGCCGGCAGGAAGUUUGGAAGGUCUCAACCACUGCUGGCUCAAAACGUGUGAAAAAAGGUUCAUCAAUCCAUGAAACUUCUGCAUUGGGCAGUCAUCCAACGAAAGAGUCUGAGGUUGCCUCCAAAUCAAGUACUUCUGUUGUACCCUUUACUUCUGGGACCAAUCAGUCUGUAAAUGCUGAUUCCGCACAAGCAUCAAAGCUGCAAAACCUAAAGGCAAAUAGUGUUUGCGGUUCCGCCCCAGAGCUAAGACGAACAUCAUCUUUCGACAGAACAUGGGAAGAGAAUGUGGCCGAGUCUGUGGCUAAUGAACUUGUAUUACAGGUUCAUUCUUCAAGCAUUUCUUCCUCAAAAAGUGGGCCCCUUGGUUCUACUGAACAACAAGAUGAGCCCCCUAAAAAUAAAUCGAAGGAGUCCAAACCUAUAAAAUCUGGUCGCUCUUCGCAUGAAGAAAAAAAGGUGGGAAAGUUGCAUGACGAUAAAAGACCUAGGCCUCGAAAAAUGAUGGAGUUUCACAAUAUCAAGAUAAGCCAGGUUGAACUACUGGUCACUUAUGAGGGAUCAAGAUUUGCUGUGAGCGAUCUGAGGUUGCUUAUGGACACAUUUCACUGUGUUGAGUUGACUGGAACUUGGAGAAGAUUGUUCUCACGAGUUAAGAAGCAUAUUAUCUGGGGUGUCUUAAAAUCUGUGACUGGAAUGCAGGGUAAGAAGUUUAAAGAUAAAGCACAUAGCCAAAGGGAACAGAGUGGAACUGGUGUUCCCGACAGUGAUCUUAACUUCAGUGACAGUGAUGGAGGUCAAGCAGGAAGGUCUGAUCAGUACCCAAUAUCCUGGCUCAAGCGCCCAAGUGAUGGUGCAGGUGAUGGCUUUGUCACCUCCAUAAGGGGUCUUUUCAAUUCUCAGCGACGCAAGGCAAAGGCUUUUGUACUGCGGACAAUGAGGGGUGAUGCAGAAAAUGGGUUGCCAGGCGAUUGGAGUGAAAGUGAUGUUGAGUUUUCUCCCUUUGCUAGGCAGCUGACCAUUACAAAUGCCAAGAAGCUUAUUAGGCGGCACACAAAGAAAUUCCGCUCUAGAGGGCAAAAAGGUUCAUCUUCGUCUCUACAGAGAGACUCACUUCCAUCAUCUCCAAGGGAUAUCUCACCAUUUGACAGUGAUUCUUCUGGUGGAUCCUCACCUUACGAGGAUUUCCAUGAGUAAGAAAGUCCCAGAAUUCAUAAGAGGGGAUUUUUCUUGGGAUUUUGAUGAAGCGCACAGAAGGGGAUAAUAUGAUAUUUUGGCUCACUUUUUAUUUAAUACUCUACUGUAGAAGUUUGACUCAGCAGUAGCCUUGGACCAAGACUUGGGAAUGAUUCCCAAUGAUUCCAGAUGUUUGCAAGUAAUACAAUAUUCAAUAAAAACAGUUAGGAGCUGCCAAGGCACUGACCUGGUGGUAGGGUGGGACCAGGUUUGUGAGUAGAUAUAGGGUUUGAGACUUCCGACUUGCUGAAAAGAAGGGGAUGAAGAAGAUGGAGGAACUGUACACAUGGAGAAGGUAUAAAGCAUGGAGAAAGCUGCAUUAAUACCAUAGUUGUGAUUUUAGGAAAAUCUGCAUCGAGGCCUUUACUUUUCCCCUCAUGAGCCAUGUAUUCAAUUUUAUUUAUUUUUAUUUUUUGGAGGGAUAAGCUGCUCCCAAGUGCUUCAAUGUCGGUUCAGUUGUAUAUUUUGUAGCAUCAAGAUAGGAGCGACAUUGGGGUUCAUACAAUCCCAAAAAUUUUGCAUGUACAUCUCGAUAGCUACUACAGAAUAGAAUAAAUGUAAAUGUCUUGCCAACA